AUGUCACAAUCCCUCGUCAUUUUUGCACCUUCUGGCUCGGUGCUUUACAAAUACAACAAUAAACUCUCCCCGUUUAACGACUUCAUUUCCGAAAUCGUCAAUGGAACUUGUACGGAACUCGAGCCUGAUUUCUUCACUUCCACCAUCAACCAAAAACGUCUAUACUGUUUGAAACGCAAAAAUACAUAUGCUGCCAUAUACUUUGAUGCAGUGUCCACUCUUGAUAGUGACAAGAUCAAAUCUUGUUUAGUUGAUGUGUUGAAAAUCUACUUAAAGGUGACCGAAGAGGAGCUGUCGGAUCGGUCUGAAAAGUUGCAAAAGCUUAUUGAUUAUCAGUUCAACCAACUCAUGAAAUUGCUGCAGGCCGCAAAGGUAGCUCAGUCCUUGGAAUCAGGGCCGGAAAGUAAGACAAAUAGUGGCACAUCGACCCCCAAAAAGGUACAGAGUCAAACUAAAAAAACGAUGAGAAAAUGGGAUGGUAAUCAGAUGGUGGAAGUAAAUGCCAACGAAGUUUUGGACUACUCAGAGGGCAAGGCUGGUGAUGAUUCUGCUAUAAAUACCGAUUCACUCGUCAGCGGGGACGCUUUUAGUCAACAGGACGACUUGGUUCUUGUCAACGAACUCAAUGAUAUACUAGAUGAAGAUGUACCAUCUGACGAAGUGAGCAAGAAAUCGGGAUUUUUCGGCAAGAUAUCAUCUUAUUUCGGAGGUCCCAUUGACCUUGAUGAAGUUUCAAAGACAUUUACCGAUCAAUUUAUCUCCAAGAACAUUGCUCCUGCCACUGCCAAAACCAUCACCGACAAACUUAACCACGAACUUAAGGGUAAAAAGGUAACAUUGAAGGAUUACAAGCGAGCAUUGACGGUAGAGCUCACCAAGAUCUUGACUCCCAAUGUCUCUACUGAUCUCUUAUACGACGUGAAGCGAAAUAGCUCCACUUCCAAUUCUCGUCCUUACGUUAUUUCAGUGGUGGGAGUCAAUGGAGUGGGCAAGUCCACCAAUCUUGCAAAAUUAGCAUACUGGUUUCUUCAAAACAACUUGAACGUUCUCAUCUGUGCUUGUGAUACCUUCAGAUCGGGUGCUGUAGAGCAGCUCAAGGUUCAUGUUAACAAUCUCAAGAGACUUAACACCACCACCAACACCAAAAUUGACAUCUUCGAAAAGGGCUAUGGAGGAGGAGACCAUGUAGUUGCCACCGCCAAGCUGGCUAUAGAAUUUGCGGGAGCAGAAGGGUUUGACAUCGUUUUGAUAGAUACUGCUGGUCGGACUCAUUCUAAUGCGAAACUCAUGGCUCCGUUGAAAAAGUUUGGAGAUGCUGCAAAUCCCAACAAAAUCAUUAUGGUUGGAGAAGCGCUCGUGGGCACAGACUCGGUCGAGCAAGCAGUCAACUUCAACAAUGCCUUUGGUAACCGGAGAAGCUUGGAUUUUUUCAUCAUUUCAAAGGUAGACACCGUUGGAGAUUUGGUGGGGUCGAUGAUUAAUAUGGUGAUGGCCACCAAAGUUCCCAUUCUUUUUGUAGGAACGGGACAAGUAUACACUGACAUCAAGCGUUUGAGUGUCAAGAGCGUUGUGGAUGCAUUAAUGAGAUGA